UAAAAUAUAAUUAUGUGUACAACUUAUGCUCAGUGGUUAUUGUGACACUUCUUGUUUGCUAUUUAAAGUUAUAAUACAAAGUAUCUGUGUUUUUUUUUUCAGGAAUGUGUGAAGGAUAUGGAUUUGAGAAAUCUCUUGAGCAUCUCAAUGGAUGGCCCCAAUGUAAACUGGAAGUUUUUAGAAAUGAUGCAAGACCAGCAAAAAGAUCAAUUCAGCAAACAGUUGUUAGUGGUUGGCAGCUGUGGACUCCAUACCAUGCACAAUGCAUUCAAGGCUUGUUUCAGUGCAUGGUCAUUGGAGAAGGUGCUAAGUAGUAUGUAUAGACUAUUCAAAGAUGCACCUGCAAGACGGGAAGAUUACAUGACUGUUAAUGGUCUUACAACUGGGGCAGAUUCAAACUUUCCAUUUAAGUUUUGUGGCCACAGAUGGUUAGAAAAUGAGCCGGUCCUCACAAGAGCACUUGAAGUUUGGGACAGAGUUAUCAAGUAUGUAGAGGCAGUUGUUGCUAAGAAAGUAUCUCAUCCAAACAACACUUCAUUUGAUGUUCUCCUCAAUGCAAGAAAAGACAAGCUCAUAAAGGCUAAAUUCCAGUUCUUCUUGGCUGUGUCAAUGGCAGUGACUCCAUUCCUGACCAAGUACCAGUCUGAUCAACCUCUCCUUCCUUUCCUGGUCAUAGAUUUGAAGAAAUUGCUGAAGGGUUUGCUCAGGAGGUUUAUCAAGAAAGAACAGCUUGCAAUCCACGACUCUGCUGAAAAAUUGGUGAAAAUCAAAGUCUUGGACAAGGAUAUUCACCUGCAUCACAGUCAUGUGGAUGUUGGCUUUGCUGCAGAUGCAACCUUGAAGGUGCUUUCCAGAAACGACACCAUAAGCUCUAGGUAGUUGAUGGAAUUCAAACAGGAGGCGACUAGUGGGUUGCAAGCAAUGACAUCUAAAAUCCUUGACAAGAGUCCAUUGAAAUACCCAUUAGUUCGUAACCUAGUGUGUUUAGAUCCUCGAAAGAUGCACAGUGAACCAGAUGCAUGUGUUUCUAAAAUGAAAAACAUUGUUCACAGUAUGGUACAUGCUAAGAUUCUCUCUGAAGGGCUCAUAGAUGGAGAGCAUGUUAUCAGGGAGAUGCAAGAUUUCUUAGACACUGAGGCCAGGGAUGAACAAUUCAAGGAUUAUGAUCCAUCUAUCUCAAGAAUAGACAGGUUCCUAAGUAGCCAUAUGGAGAAAUAUGAAAAACUGUGGCAGGUAUGUAGAAAUCUCUUGAUCUUGCCUCAUGGACAAGCCGCAGUUGAAAGAGGUUUCUCUGUUAACAAAGAGGUACUGCAGAAUAACCAACAUCAGGACACAGUAGUGGCACAGCGCAUAGUGUAUGAUGCUAUUCAGGAUUAUGGGGGGCCACUUCAGGGUACCGAUCACAAAGGAUAUGUUGAAGUCAGCCUCAGCUGCCAGAAUGAGAUACAGGAAUUACCUUGAAGAAAAUCAAAGAAAAAAAUUGAGUGAAGAAAAGAAAAAGAAAAGACAUGGAAGAUGAAUUAGAUAUGUUAAGAAAAAAAUGCAAAACACUGGAGUCCGUCAUUGACACUCUUGAAACAAAUGCAGAUCAUCUUUCUGAAGAGGCGGAAAAUGCCAAAUCCAAAGAGAAAAUGGCUCAGGCCAACGCACUUAGAUCGAAAAGAAAGUCUAAAAAGGAGGAACUUAUCGAAACCAAACAAGAGUUGGACGAAAAGACAAAAUCCUUCAGGGAUUUGAACAGUUCUUGGAAAAAAAAAAGAAUUCUAAAAAAAUCAAUAAAGAUUUUUUUCACAUUGUACAACAUGUCUUGUGCUUUAUUUACUGUUAAAUUCAUCAUGUACUGGUCCAUUGGAAUAUAACUUAGCAUAGCAUUCAUAUAGAAUUGUCAUUAAAAUGAGUGUAAAAAUGUCAUUAAAUGUCAUUAAUUUUCAAAUGAUUCUUAGUGUAGGAACAUUGUGUUGUCCCUGCGAUGGAUUGGCCAACCUGCCCAGGGUGGACCCCGCCUCCCAUCCGAAGCUGUUCAAGACUGGCUCCAGCUUCCUGGAUAAUGAAUGGAUGGAGAUGGAUGGAUGGAUAGUAGUGAAAUGUAUGAUCAUGUUAAAGUAUUGUCUUUGGUAAAUCGCAUGCCUAAGUAAGAUAGUUGGAAUGACGUUUGAAUAGUAUUAAACAAUUUGUAGUUUUAAACAAUGACUCUUGCUGUCUUGCAGAAUUGUUUAACUGAAAUGUGCACUGUAUUAAAAACGGCAAACAACUGGCAGCAG